UAGGGCAGCACAGCUCAUCCGUAAGCUCUCCCUCCGGAUCCUAACAAACCCAUCACAACUAUCUCUCUCUCUAUCAAUUUCUCUCCCCUCUCUCUCUAUCAAUCUUCUCUGCCAUAUAAAAACAACCCUUUUCAAAUCCUUAACGCUCCGACUUCAGUUUUUACUCGUUCAAUUCUCAUAUCGACCGCCAAAUCUUUGCUUCUCAAUCGGUUUUGCGUAAAAGAAAACCCUAGAUUUUCAUUCAAAAGAAAGGAACAAUUCUGAAUUGUGAGAGAAAAGGAAUCGAUGGCAGAUCAAGUCUUGGAAGGGAGCCAACCUGUCGAUCUCUCCAAGCAUCCGUCUGGAAUCGUCCCUACACUACAAAACAUAGUAUCUACUGUCAACUUGGAUUGCAAGUUGGAUCUUAAGGCCAUUGCACUACAAGCUCGUAACGCCGAAUACAAUCCCAAGCGUUUUGCUGCUGUGAUCAUGAGGAUCAGAGAACCGAAAACGACCGCAUUAAUAUUUGCUUCUGGAAAAAUGGUUUGUACGGGUGCGAAAAGCGAGCACCAAUCAAAAUUGGCAGCACGAAAGUAUGCUCGAAUUAUUCAAAAGCUUGGUUUUCCAGCUAAGUUUAAGGAUUUCAAGAUCCAGAACAUUGUGGGCUCCUGUGAUGUUAAAUUUCCUAUUAGACUUGAAGGCCUUGCAUACUCCCAUGGCGCUUUUUCUAGUUAUGAACCAGAGUUGUUCCCUGGAUUGAUUUAUCGUAUGAAGCAACCAAAAAUUGUGCUGCUUAUCUUUGUUUCCGGGAAAAUUGUUCUGACUGGAGCUAAGGUGCGAGAUGAAACGUAUCUUGCAUUUGAAAACAUAUACCCGGUGCUUACGGAGUUCAGGAAAAAUCAACAAUGAUUUUUAUGGGAGGUACAGCAGGAUUGAUGUGCUCACUUGGGGCGGUAACUGCUGACCAACUGUAAAUAUGUUGAAAGGAGAGAGUGCUCGCUGGCUCUUGGCUGUUGAAGAUAUAUAUAUUAAAAGGACUAGAACAAUUUUCCCCGAAAUGUUAUCCCCAGUAACUUAGUUUACUGCUUGUACCAAAACUACAAUAUUUGUUGUUGCAGAGAUGAAUAAGAAAAACAUUGGCAUUGUUUGAACUUUACUGCAUUAGUUGCAUUAGAGUUCGGUACAGUUCUAUGUAAAGCAUAUUAACAACAUUAGGAAUUAAUGACAUUUUAAUGAUAUGAGUGUCUA